ACCUAUACAAAGCACCUGGAUAUCAUUGGGAUCAAAGCUGAUAACAUACUUGUUGGAAUGCUGUGGAUCCAUGUGUGCGUGAGGGUUGAUGAAAGGUCUUCUCCAGUUCAGAGGAAGAAUUCUUCCUUCGAGGAGAGUCACCGUGUGCUUAAGACACGAUCAAUUGCAAGACCGAAACUCCCCUCCGUUGUUGGCAUAACUGACACCAGGUUGAUUCAACGAGGGCCACUUUCCUCUGGUGUACAGAUAUUCGAGGUUCGUUAUUUGGGUCUCCUGCAUCUGCACGUUGUAACCCGACCUUCCCAUGUGUACGCCAGGCGCUGGUCCCCUCUUGAAUACCAGCCGGGCGAGGUUGCUAUAAUCACUAAUCCGAUGACAAAAGCCACUGAAAUAGUCUGCCCCCGACUCUCCUGGCCUCCCCACUUCCUUCGUGGGGUAUCCGCUCUCGAAUUCAAUCCAGUCGCAGGACUCCAGGUCGCCCAAUUCGACUCCGCCGUUCUACACCUAAACGUUAGAAAGUGUACAUACGAGCCAGUAUGGAACCAAACCUUCACUUUUAAUCUAACCAGGUCAUCGAAAACUCUGGUUGAGAUUCAGUUGAUGAAUGUGGCCAAUCCAAACAUCAGUGGGCCGGCUUCCUGCAUUGAAAAGCUGGGAGAAGCCCUGAUCGACAUUUCGCGCCUUCCAAUGGACUUCACACAACGAAUCGAAGUCGAACUAAACGGUUAUCGACCCAAACCGCGACUUCUCCUUCUAGCAACCCUUACAGGGUUGGCUAGAAAUGAACCACCGUCGGGUUCUCUCGUUUUGCCAACAGUUGUCAUUUCGGGGGAAACCAGUGGACCUAGAAGUGACACGGAGUCGGUUCGCGACUGCUGCAAGUCACUACAAUGUAACAUAUCUAAGGGGAGUAUCAACACCUGUUCUAGUGAACUUUCUAUCACUCCAGAAACAGAUGAAGCCCUGUCACCUUCACAAAAAGUGUCGCUUAGUGAACCGGACGCCCAGAUUGUCGAGCACUAUGGUUGGAAAAUGGCACUUAAAAACCGUUUCGACGUCGGAUACCUUCGAGUUAAGGUUAUUGCGGCCACUGGUUUGACGGCUAAAGAUGUAAACGGUAAACCGAAUCCCUACUGUUUGGUUGAACUCAUAAACAUGCGCGCACAGACGCACACAAUUAAGAAAACAAUCAACCCAUCAUGGCAAAAAACUUUCGUAUUCCCAGUCACAGACAUCCAUGCUAUACUCUAUGUCACAGUCAAUGACGAAGACAAGACAAAGUCAGAUUUUCUUGGACGCGUCGCAAUUCCGCUUUUAAAGGUUAGUUCUCUGCUAAAAGCAGCCUGGCGUACACUGAAUCCCGUAGAACGCUGUCUCAAUCAUCCCGUCAUACCGCAAAAGUACCGAAAGCUGAGCGUGGAAUACAGGAACACCGUACAAGAAAACUAUAUGCGACUGAAAGUUCUCUUCAAACCUGUGGGAAUGGUUACCCAGAUCUUCAACUCUAUCUGCUCUUGGCAGAACCCUUGGUACUCUCUUAUAACACUUAUCCUCUACAAUCUAAUUGUGUGGAAUUUCCAGCCUUACAUGUUGCCAUUAGGAAUGAUAGUGGGCAUUUUGAUUAAUCGACAUGCUUCAAGAAAUCCCUACCUGCUUGAUGUUAUGAGUUCUCUCAAGGUAUUUGCUGGUGUGGGAGCCAGCAAUUUGGGGACCAAUUUUAACCAUGAAAAGUUUCUUAAAUAUGGGAAUCUUGAACACGAUUCAGAGGACUUCGGUGAUACAUCCCCUAAAUCAUCCAUCGACGAUGGCGACAACGUUUAUAUCAAUAACGAUCUACUGUUUUCACUAGAACUUGAGGUAAGAAUUUUUGAUUGGCAUGUUCCCUGGCUUACGUGGUUCUGCGUAUUAUUCUUGGCACUCUUCACGUUGGUCCUGUAUUUCGUUCCUCUGAGAGUGGUUCUUUGCAUACUAGGUAGGCUCGAACUGGUUGACCAGGAAAAUACUUCGGCCGAACAGCAGGUCAACUAUCAGUACAUUUAA